AUGCUCUCCUUCACUGUAGGCAACCUUGUAGUCACUGACAUCGAUGUCAAUAUCAUCUUCAAAGGGGAACAAAAACACUCUCACUCCACCGGGCGUCGACUCUUAAUUGACUCUGCUGGAAAUCCCAUUCUCAUUCUACCCCGAUGGUUCCAAUUGAAGACCACAUUGCAUGUUUUCUUAGCAAAUAACACCACUGAGAAUGCACCUGACUUCAAAAUCAAAGGAAGUUGGCUCCAACGAUCUUGCGUCAUAUAUGCUGGGAACCCUUCUACCAUCAUUUCCCAAAUGCAUAAGAAGCAGACUGCUAACUUGUUUGCCAAGGAUACUUUCAUAGUGACAAUUUCUCCUGGCAUUGAUUAUGCAUUCAUAGUUGCGCUUAUUGUGAUUCUUGAUGCAAUUAACCUUGAUAAUGGCGAUUAA